GGUCUUAGGUGGAAAUUAGGCGGGGAUGGAUAUCCAUGUGAAGAUUGGGGUGAAGAUGGUUUCGUACUUUUAUAAGGGCAUAAAUGGGGAUGAACUUAAAACCCGUCACGUAGAUGGGGAUGGAAAUAAAAAUAUUAGACGGGAAUGGGAAUGAGAAAACCAACAUUCCCCUUGCCUUGCCCCGUUUAAAUCCUCGGUAGUUAAUUUUCCCUUGCAUCCUAAUUCCUAAGUGACUGAUGGCCUAAUGGGCUAGUGGAGAUCAAGGUUCGACUCUCAAAGCCUCAUUUUUUUUCAGACUUUCAGUCUUUCACUCUUCAGUCAUUUCACUUCCCAUUUUCUAACUUUUUUUCCCCGAAAUUCCCAAACUCAACUCCUGAUACGCCACUGCAGCGUCCACCGGCCAUGACACCGGACCGGAGGACUGCAGUCCGAGCUUCCGUCUGCUCGAGUACUCGAUACAUUGUAAGAUUCUAUAAGUUACAAAUUUACAAUGGAGUCAAACGAGAAUGAGCUACCAGUUCUGAGCAGCGCUACUAUACCUUAACCUAAUCAAUUCAUCCACUGCUCUCAAAUUAGCAAAAAUAUUGACAAAUUUCAGGUACUGUACUCACUGUUACGAUGAUGCUCUUGAAGGACAUUAAACCAGCUGCAUCAAACAAUAUAGACACUAGAUUCAUACUGUUGGAUAAAGGCAGGAUAUCUGCAGAAGGCCAAAACAAGACUUGUUUGGCACUUGUGGCAGAUGAGACUGCUGCAGUUCAUUUUCAGCUUUGGGGACAGGAAUGUGAUUUUUUCCAGACAGGCGAUAUCAUCCACCUCUCCAAUGGCAUAUUUUCUUACCAGCGUAAAAAUCUAUUGCUGAGAGCAGGCAAGAGAGGAAAGAUUCAGAAGGCAGGGGAAUUUACAAUGUCCUAUGUUGAAACACCCAAUAUGAGUGAAAUUAAUUGGAGUCCUGAUCCCAACAAUCGAAAGAAGUAUAUUCAGGGAUCUGUGAUUUCUAAUUACUCCCGCAUCUUUCCUCCGGUUCGUUAGCUUUUGGAUUCUUAAAAUGUGCUACAUAGUUGCCCAUAUCAAGCUUGCCUUCUGUGAGACCGACUUUGUUAAGCCUUCCUGCUGCAUGAGUGACACAUGAUGACAAAUGUUUGAGAACUCUUUCUUAUCACUCUAUCUAACCAGCUGCAGGUUUGUGGUUAUCUGCAAACUCUUUCAAGGAUAAGGAUGAAAAUGUGUCAAUUAUGUCUGGUAAACUGAGCUGCUUUAGGAGCGUUAAUCAUGCUGCAUAUCUGCUAUGGACUCUUUCAGUGACUUGAUUAGACUCUAAAUAACAUAUCUUGUUGUCAGUAGGAGUAAUUUUUUAUUUCUGGCAGUCCCUUACACUGUUUCCGCAAUGAAAAUACUGGUAACAUCACUCUGGUGGA